CGCGAGGAGGGCUCUGUUCUUCCGAGCGCGCUUUUGUGCGGUUCGGCAGUGCCGAGCCCGGCUGUAGAAGGGGAGUUUAGUGUUUAACCCAAGUGCAGCGUUAGUGCUUCAGGGAGCAGAAGUUGGUUGUCUGGGAAGGUUUCCGGAGAAGGGGUUUGUGUAUGUGUGUGGUUUGGUGUCUGUUUCGAGUUCUGUGCGUGGGGGUUGUUCUCUCCCACCCAGUGGGUUUGCAGGUUGGUUCCUAGGAAUUCUUAAAGGGUUUGGAAGGGACUUCAAAGCUUAUCUAGUUCAAUCCCCCCGCUCCCCCCCAAGGGGAGGGACACUUUCUGCUAGACCAGGUUGCUCAAGGCAUUAUCCAACCCGGCAUGAUGAACACUGACAGGUGGGACAGUCACAGCCUCCCAGGGUAACGUGUGCCAGUGCCUCACCACCCUCACAGCAAAUAAUGUCUUCCUAGAUUUCCCUUCUUUCAAUGUUUAUCUAUUACUCCUUGUCCAUCACUACAGUUCUGACAAAGAGCCCCUCUCUGGUUUUGCUGCAGAACCCCUUCAGAUACUGGAAGAAUUUAUGAACAGUGAGUGGAAGGGCUUGAAUUAAAGUCCAGGUGCAAAGAAGGGCUGCUUCUCUUCUCGCAAUUUGGUCACGUUGGUCUGGGAACAGUAGUGAUGGCAUGGAGAGUUAAGAUGAUAGUGAGAAAGAAACACCAGUUCCUGUAUGCUUUAGUGCUAUUUCAAUUAUAUUGUAUCAUAAAAAAUAUUCUAGUCCUUGGGAAAACUGACAGAAAAAGCUUAAAAUUGCUUGGAAGAAUGCAUGUGUUGUCAUCUAAAUCCAUAAAGUUUCUGUGGUGCAUCUAUGACAGAAAAUUCAAUGUGGGGAAGAUUUUGGUUUUCAUUUAAGGAGCUCAAAAUCCUGAACCAAAUGCCCUGUCUAAUGAGGAUCAGUUUGCCGCCCUGUGCAUGUUAUUUUCCUGCUGAGUUUGGUGCUUAAAAUAAAGACUAAGUGUUUGGAAAAGAGGGAAUAUGGUAAUAUAGCAAAACUGCCAGCUGAGUCAGUUAUUCAGGGCAAUGGGGACUUGAGACCAUUAUGAGGAAUUGGUGGCAGAUAAAAGGAAGUGUUGACAAAUGUGUGCUAGUGUGUUUUGGUAGAAAACACUUCAAAUGCCUACUCUUCAGGUCCACUUUAAAUAAUGAACAGUGUAGAGAAGCAUUGUGUGCCCUUCCUUGUCCUUUCUUACAGUGCAAGUAACCCAGUGUUACUGCUUUUAAAACUUCGAAAAAGAUAUUUUUUUUUCAACAUACCUACUGUAAGGGCUCUCUGGGACCAUAAGAAAAUUGGACUUUUGCAUAUCUACCUACAAAUGAGGUGAAGAAGAAAAUAUGCAGGACUGAAAGCCUUUUUAUAGGAGGCAGAGGAGCAUUAAUGGAUCAGUGGUAGAAGAAACAAUAGUAUUGUUUCAAAGGUUGUUGUGUGAUCUAUUCAGGAUUUUCCUGCAUCUGCCUUUUGUUGCAGGGGGAAGAGGCUGUUGUACCAGAUGGGGUACCAAAUAUAGCUUGAAGCUUUUAGGUAUUUUUAAGGUGGCUUAUUGUGAUUUUAUCUGGGGUUAGUGUAGUUAGGGUAUGGAAGCUUUCCCUCUGUUAGGUUUGAUAAUCAUUAUUGUGUUUUAUAGACAAGAGGAUGGUGUGCUGAAAAUGUGCAGCAGAUACUGGGUUGUACAAUUGUCCACCUGCUCUUUGAUCAUCACCUCAGUGUUUCUUAAUCACUUCCUCUGUCUGUAACAUGGCGAUGUUGCUGACUUCUCUGAAAUGUCUGGAUGUCUGCUUAUGCCAUGUGCCAUGCAGGAGCUGCGUACUAUUGCUGCUGCUCAGACAGAAUUCUCCAGGCCUGCAGAAUGGACCUUUCACUUAUUCGUGUUUAGCUUAAUAGACAGAAGCUGCUCCAUUCUCUGUAGCAGCCCAGGCUUAGAGCCUGUUGAAAAAGCACUUUUCACCUCAGAUAUUGGCUGUAGGAAGCAGAGCACUGCUGGCUUGGUCUUACUACUUGUGCUCUUGUGGUUUUUUUCUACAAGAAGCUGAUCCUGACUGAUCAGACUGGGUCUCUUGAGCACUUUGAGGUUGGAGCCUCUUUGAGAAGCCAACACUGCAUUUCUUCCUUCUUGUUUCCUGUUUUGAAGAACCUUUCUGCAACUUGUGGAACUCUUGCUUCGUGAGCACUCUGAAUGUAGUGAGUGAGGCUUUCCUUCUCCUGUGACAUCUUCUUCCUUUCUUUUUCCCAGAGCACUGGAAAAGCCUAACUUUUUUUCUGUUUCUCAAAGUUAAUUGGUUAGUUGACACAAACCCUGUCAAUGUGUGAAGUACAGCAGACACUUAGACGUGCACUGGAGUAUUUCAGCUUUUGUAUUUCUGAAUCAAGUACAGUAAAAUGUUAAUUGUGGCUGUAUUUGGAGUAGAAUAGCUAGAGUUUUCUUCCUAAGAUAGCGUUGUAGUGCUCUUGAGGAGUUUUUAGUGGUUUUUAGGUAAGAAAUAAUCAACUAUAAUCAGUCUGAAUAGACUUAAGAAACCUGUCAUCUGUUCUGUUUUCUUUGUGGCUUAAACUUAGCGAAUUUGUACAAUAUCUAGUGAUUAUGUGUGGCUUUAAACGUUGGGGAAAUUAAACUGGGGUUUAAUGGAAUUGUGGUCUAAUGCAGCAACUUCUAUUGAUAAGUCAUCAAAGUUGUUUUACAGAAGAGCUUUUUCAGUCCUGGCUUUUUGCCCAAGGUCGAUCUGGUUUCACUGAAGUUAAUUUAAUUUCUGAAGUAUUUUCUUUCUGUUAGAUGUUGGUUGUUGCUCCUUCCCCAGCCAGACAUGAAAAUCUGCUGUUGCUGUGGAAGCAGUUUCCAUCUUGCACAGCAGCAUGAAGAGUCAGACUGCAGACUUUUGAAUGCAGUAAAUUCUGUCAGGGUGGAGACAAAGUUGUUUGCACUGUUACAAAUAUAUGAAUCUUCAGUCUAAAUGUUUGAAUUCUGUCACUUAGAAAAAGCUGUUUAGUGUUGACUCUCUGCGUUUGAGAUGUUGCUUCCAGUGCUUGGUUAUGACCACAGGCACUUUAACUUGCUCCAAAAUAACCAGUUUGUUCCGUAUUUGCUGAAUUGGGUUCAGUCUCACAGAGUUGUUGCAAUUGUCCUAUGCAGGCAAACUUAUGUGACAGACCUUAGAUGGUAUUAACAGGGUGUCUGCAGGUAAAAUGUGCAGGUUUGGGUGCAGUUCUGUAGCACUGACUUUUCGUGCUUUUGGUUUCAGCAGUCUGAGAAGUUGGUGCUCCUUACACUCCCAGCUUUUUAUCUUGCUAAUGAAAAGAGGAAGUGGACCAGAUCAGAGCAAAUCAAGCUGAUGUCUGUGUUGUUCUUGCAGUCACUGCUCCUGGAGGAUCUCAUCAGUCUUUGAAUGUACAGGAGUGUGGCUGUUCUGGUCAGUGUCUGCCAGCAGAGGCUGUUCCUGGCAGGGGUGCAUCUGAGUUAUUGCAAGUAAACACUGGGAAGUUGUUCUGUACUGCAUUGCAGGGCAUGAAACUGCUUAUUUCCACCCUCCUCCUCCCUGUUCCACUCCAUCUCUGUGGCACACUAAUCCGUUCAAACAGAUCCGGUCUCUGCUAUCUCACCUGAUUAACAAGUCAUUGCAAAUACAAUCAUUCCCUCCCCCAGCUUCCUGAAGUGUGUGGGGAGUGCUCAUGAAAUUCUCCAUUCCUGGAUGCUGUUGUUAGGGUUUGUCCUGGCACCCAGGCAGGAGGAUUUCUCUCUCAAACUGCUUAUGUCUGAAUGAAUCAUCAUGCAGUGCUUUUAAAUCAUUUGUCCAGACAGAGGCAAGUGCUGCUACUGCUGCUCAUAGUAGUACUUGGGAGUGGUGGUGAGACUGAAAACGUCAGGAAUGUUCAAAUUCUACUGUAAAAUUGCUUUGGUAUGGUUGAGGAGUACAAAAAAUACUUGAAUUGCAGGCUAUUGAUGAUUUGUAAAAAUCCCUGUUUUCUUCUUAGGGUACUUCCUUGAACCAGAUAGUCUUCACUGAUUUGACUUUUGAGUAAAUGAUAAACAGUUGGAGUUAAUGCUUGAGAUCUGGUUUCUCUUAUGUCAUCCCUGGCCCUCUGGGUUUGGGUGCAAAAGCUAUGAGAGAGGGACUGUGCUGAAGAUUUCCAUCUCUGUAGCACCAUUCAGCAUCACGGAUUUCUGUGAUCUGUGGCUUUAUAGAGGUGCCUGAUGCUUAUUGCUUGUAGCUGGUUUACCUGCAAACUGUGAUUUGAUGUGUGAAAUUGAGGUUUUGGGUUUCAUAUUUUGUUAAUGUGGACACCAUUGUAGCUACAUGUCUUUUUCCAUAGUGAUCCCAAGCAUGUAUGCUUUCAUCCUUUUUGUAAAAAUAACAGGCUUCAUUCUGAAUUUGAAACUGCAUGAUGCAUUUAAUACAUCUUCUCUUACAGCCCUUGCUUUGUGCUUUAACUUUUUAAAUUAUUCUGUCACUGAGUCAAUGCAAGGAAUUCUUGCAUUGGUGAAACUUCCUACAGGCAUUGAAUUUAGACACAGGUCUUCUAAACUGGAAGAACAUGAACUUAUUUCUGUUGGCUGGGGGUUAAUGACAUAUGGAGCAACACAUUUUAGCAGCUAGCUAGUUAGGGCUGUCUGUGUGCAUCUGUAGUUCGACUGUUUUGCUACUAAUUUAACUUCAUGUUUAUGUGUGUUUUCAGCCCACAUAUAUUCCUAUGCUUGCACAUGUAUGCAUCUUUUUUCAUAGUAGAUAAGAAUAUAGUAUCAUAGGAUGGGAAGGAACCCAUAAGGAUCACGGAGUCCAGCGCUCCCAGCAAUCUAUUUAUGUGUGUAUGCAAGUAGUUUAUAGCUAAAUUAACACCAAGUUCUUCACAGGGACUUCUCUGCUUUCAUCCUCCUUUGUUCUAAGGCAAAAUAUGAACUAUGAUAUGACAUCUGCAUCCCACUUCUGACAGGUUUCUGUGUGUCUCGAGCGAAACCUGCAGCAGAGAUGGACACGGAUGGCUUUGGAGAGCUGCUGCAGCAGGCCGAGCAGCUGGCGGCCGAGACAGAGGGGAUCUCGGAGCUCCCGCAUGUGGAGCGCAACCUGCAGGAGAUCCAGCAGGCCGGGGAGCGCCUGCGCUCCCGCACCCUGACCCGCACCUCCCAGGAGACUGCCGAUGUCAAGGCAUCGGUUCUUCUUGGGUCUAGAGGGCUUGAUAUAUCCCACAUUUCUCAGAGACUUGAGAGUCUAAGUGCAGCCACUACAUUUGAGCCUCUUGAACCUGUGAAGGACACUGACAUCCAGGGAUUCCUGAAGAAUGAAAAAGAUAAUGCAUUGCUAUCUGCCAUUGAAGAGUCUAGGAGGAGGACUUUUGCCAUGGCUGAGGAGUAUCACCGAGAAUCAAUGCUGGUUGAAUGGGAGCAGGUGAAACAAAGGAUUCUUCAUUCUCUGCUUGCAUCAGGUGAAGAUGCUCUUGAUUUCACCCAGGAAAAUGAGCCCAGCUAUGUUGGUGAGGUGGGUCCUCCAGGUCGCAGCUCCAUGGACAGUGUGGAGAUGGCAUAUGCUCGUCAGAUUUAUAUUUAUAAUGAGAAGAUAGUGAAUGGACAUCUGCAGCCUAGCCUGGUGGACCUCUGUGCUGCUACUGCAGGCCUGGAUGAUAAGGUACUGAACAUCUCCGAGAUGUGGGCCAUGGUGACAAUGACCGACGUCACCCUGGUUCCUGCCAGCGAUGCCCUGAAAGUCCGGACCAACAUGGAAGUGCGCAUGGAGUUCGUGAGGCACGCUCUGCACUACCUGGAGGAGAGUUACAAAAAUUACACUUUUGUGACAGUCUUUGGAAACUUGCACCAGGCUCAGCUGGGUGGAGUCCCAGGCACCUACCAGCUGGUCCGCAGCUUCCUGAACAUCAAACUCCCAGCGUCCGUCCCUGGUCUGCAGGAUGGUGAGGUGGAGGGCCAUCCUGUGUGGGCACUGAUUUACUACUGCAUGCGCUGUGGAGAUCUGACUGCAGCCAUGCAUGUGGUGAAACGGGCACAGCACCAGCUGGGAGAGUUCAAAACCUGGUUCCAGGAGUACAUGAACAGUAAAGACAGAAGAUUGUCUCCUGCCACAGAAAAUAAACUGCGUCUUCAUUACAGACGAGCUCUGAGAAAUAACACUGACCCCUACAAAAGGGCUGUUUAUUGCAUUAUUGGCCGUUGUGACAUUACAGACAACCAGAGUGAAGUUGCUGAUAAAACAGAAGAUUAUCUUUGGCUAAAACUGAACCAAGUGUGUUUUGAUGAUGGUGGCGCGAGCUCCCCGCAGGACCGGCUAACGUUAUCUCAGUUCCAAAAGCAGCUGCUGGAAGACUAUGGUGAAUCACAUUUUGCAGUGAACCAGCCACCGUUCCUCUACUUCCAAGUGUUGUUCUUGACAGCACAGUUUGAAGCUGCAAUUGCUUUUCUUUUCCGGACAGAGCGCUUGCGCUGUCACGCUGUUCAUGUUGCUUUGGUCCUGUUUGAGUUAAAAUUGCUCCUGAAAGCAUCUGGGCAGAGUGCACAACUAUUAAGCCAUGAAGCUGGUGACCCUCCUGGUGUCAGACGUUUAAAUUUUGUGCGGCUUUUGAUGCUUUACACCCGUAAGUUUGAAUCAACAGAUCCACGGGAAGCUUUGCAGUACUUUUACUUUCUCAGGAACGAGAAGGACAGCCAAGGAGAGAAUAUGUUCUUGCGUUGCGUUAGUGAAAUAGUAAUUGAAAGCAGAGAGUUUGAUAUGAUUCUUGGAAAGUUGGAAAAGGAUGGUAGUAGGAAGCCUGGAGUGAUAGACAAGUUUACAAGUGACACAAAAUCCAUUAUUAACAAAGUGGCUUCUGCAGCAGAAAAUAAAGGAUUGUUUGAAGAAGCCGCAAAACUCUAUGACCUUGCAAAGAACCCUGACAAAGUUUUAGAACUGAUGAACAAGCUCCUUAGUCCAGUUGUUCCCCAGAUCAGCACUCCCCAGUCAAACAAGGAGCGUUUGAAGAACAUGGCCCAUUCCAUUGCUGAGAGGUACAAAGCGCAGGGGAUAAGUGCAAAGAAAUCCAUUGACUCCACGUUCUACCUUCUGCUAGACUUAAUCACGUUUUUUGAUGAAUAUCACGCUGGUCACGUUGACAGGGCCUUUGAUAUUAUUGAACGCCUGAAGCUUGUACCUCUUAGCCAAGAUUGCGUCAAGGAGAGAGUCGCUGCCUUCCGGAAUUUCAGCGAUGAAAUCAAACACAAUUUAUCUGAGGUCCUGCUUGCAACCAUGAAUAUUUUAUUCACCAAGUAUAAGAGAAUGAAAGGCACAAGCCCAACCACUCCUGCCAGGCCCCAGCGGGUAAUGGAAGACAGAGAUUCGCAACUUCAGUCUCAAGCUCGGGCACUGAUAAUGUUUGCUGGGAUGAUCCCAUACAGAACAUCAGGAGACACGAACGCAAGACUGGUGCAAAUGGAGAUCCUUAUGAAUUAGCAGAGCAGCUUUGGCUGGGGUUGCAGCAGCCUGUGCCUGUCUUUAGUACGUUCAGAGGGCCCAUGGGACCAGUGUCAUUUUGUAUUCUGUAUUUUUGUUGAUGGAAAUAAAUUUCUUUGGUUUUGA